AAUGUGACUGACAGAGUGACAGUUUUCAUGUUGGCAUUGGCAACACUGUCGACUGUCGAGUUAAAAAAAAUUAAAGUGGUUAAAGUUAGAAGUACAAGUUUUAAUUCUAAAAUACUAAAAAUUUCUCGGGGAGAUAGUUGGAAAAUACUCUGAAAACAUAGAAAACCACUCUCGAAGAACUCUAUGACAAUGACAGCAUCAAUUGAGAUUCCCCUUCGAGAUACAGAUGAAGUUAUCGAGUUAUAUACAGAUCAGUUACCUGAUGGAGAUGAAGUCCUUGGUAUAUUACGACAGGAGAAUACCCAGUUAUCGAUAUGGGUCAACCUGGCAUUGGAAUAUUACAAACAGGAAAAAAUCAAUGAUUUCAUCAAGAUACUGGAGGCCUCAAGAGUUGAUGCUAACAAUGAUUACAGAGAUUAUGAAAAGGAUCAAAUGCGAGCACUGGAUAUGCUGGCUGCUUAUUAUGUUCAGGAAGCUAACAGAGAGAAAAACAAGGACAAGAAACGAGACUUAUUUAGCAAAGCCACCUUACUAUAUACAACUGCAGACAAAAUAAUUAUGUAUGAUCAGAACCAUCUUCUUGGAAGGGCCUAUUUCUGCCUUCUGGAAGGUGAUAAAAUGGAACAAGCUGAUGCACAGUUCAAUUUUGUUCUGAAUCAGUCACCAAAUAACAUUCCUUCGCUACUGGGUAAAGCAUGUAUAGCUUACAACAAAAAGGACUUCAGAGGGGCAUUGGCUUUCUAUAAAAAAGCUUUGAGGACAAAUCCCAAUUGCCCAGCAGCUGUUAGACUAGGAAUGGGGCAUUGUUUCAUGAAACUUGGCAAUCAAGACAAGGCGAGGCUAGCCUUUGAUAGGGCAUUGCAACUUGAUCCGAAAUGCGUUGGUGCGCUGGUAGGCAUUGCGAUUUUGAAACUGAACCUACAACAGCCAGAUUCGAUCCGUACUGGAGUUCAAAUGCUAUCAAAAGCAUACACCAUUGACUCUUCCAACCCUAUGGUUUUGAAUCAUUUAGCUAAUCAUUUCUUCUUCAAAAAAGAUUACAAUAAAGUCCAACACUUGGCUCUUCAUGCCUUCCACAAUACGGAAAAUGAAGCUAUGCGUGCCGAGAGCUGCUACCAAUUAGCUAGAGCCUUCCAUGUUCAAGGUGAUUUUGAUCAAGCUUUCCAAUACUACUAUCAGGCGACACAGUUUGCUCCUGCAGCAUUCGUAUUGCCCCAUUUCGGACUGGGACAGAUGUAUAUUUAUAGAGGCGAUUCGGAAAAUGCUGCUCAGUGCUUUGAAAAAGUUCUGAAAGUGCAACCAAGCAAUUAUGAGACGAUGAAGAUUCUCGGCUCGCUUUACGCGAAUUCAACUUCACAAUCCAAGAGAGACAUUGCCAAGAAUCACUUGAGAAAAGUUACCGAACAGUUUCCGGAUGAUAUUGAAGCUUGGAUAGAGUUGGCACAAAUAUUGGAACAGUCUGAUUUGCAAAAUUCUUUGAGUGCUUAUGGAACAGCAAUCCAGAUUCUGAUGAAGGAUGUCCAGGCUGAAAUACCUACAGAAAUUUUGAAUAAUGUCGGUGCUUUGCACUACAGGUUGAACAAUCUGGAAGAAGCGAAGAAAAAUCUGGAAGAAGCUCUGGACCGUGCAAACGCCGAGGCAGAAGAUGAUGCCCAGUAUUACAACUCCAUAUCUGUAACGAUAACCUACAAUUUAGCCAGACUCAACGAGGCGCUUUGCUUAUUCGACAGAUCUGAAAAGCUGUACAAGGACAUCCUUAAAGAACACCCCAACUAUGUGGAUUGUUAUUUGAGGUUGGGCUGCAUGGCGAGGGAUAAAGGGCAUAUUUACGAGGCCUCGGAUUGGUUCAAAGAAGCUCUGAGAAUCAACACAGAGCAUCCAGACGCUUGGUCCUUGUUGGGAAAUCUUCAUUUGGCUAAGGCUGAAUGGGGACCUGGUCAAAAGAAGUAUGAACGAAUCUUGAAGAAUCCAGCAACUUCCCAAGAUUCUUAUUCCCUGAUUGCUCUGGGGAAUGUAUGGUUGCAGACCUUACACCAAUCGACCAAAGAUAAAGAGAGAGAAAAACGCCAUCAAGAACGAGCCCUCUCAAUGUACAAACAGGUUCUCAAAAUCGACCCUAAGAACAUCUGGGCUGCGAAUGGAAUAGGAGCCGUUCUAGCACAUAAGGGAGCUAUCAAUGAGGCUAGGGAUAUUUUUGCUCAGGUCAGAGAGGCCACAGCUGAUUUUCGUGACGUCUGGCUGAAUAUAGCACAUGUCUACGUUGAACAAAAGCAGUCUGUCAGUGCUAUCCAGAUGUAUGAAAACUGUCUGAGAAAAUUCUACAGAUACAACAACGUGGAAGUUUUGCAGUACUUGGCGAGGGCCUAUUUCAGGGCAGGCAAAUUAAAGGAAGCCAAAAUGGCGCUUCUUAAAGCUCGCCGAGUCGCACCUCAAGAUACCAUCCUCCUAUAUAAUAUCGCAUUGGUUUUACAGAAACUAGCAACAAUCAUCUUGAAAGAUGAGAAAUCUACUUUGCAAACUGUUUUGCAGGCUGUACAGGAGCUUGGAUUAUCAUUAAAGUAUUUCACUUAUUUGUCAGAAAUCGGUGAUCAAUUGAGAUUCGAUGCUACUCUAGCUAAUAUUGAGGCCAGACAAUGCAAGGAUCUAUUAUCACAAGCUCAGUAUCACGUUGCUAGGGCCCGCAGAGCAGAUGAAGAGGAAAGACUUCUCAGAAGAAAGCAAGAUGAGGAACGUAGUGCAUUCAAAUUGAAACAGAUUGAAGAAAUAAAAAAAAUGGAAGAGGAAAAACGCAUUUCGCACGAAACGAUUCUGCAAAAACGUCAAGAAUAUAAGGAGAAAACCAGAAACGCCGUACUCUUUAUGGACAUGCCCAUUGAAAAGAAAAAAGGCAAAGGACGCAGCAAGGAACCGCAAUACCUUUCAGAUUCUGGAAGCGAGAACGAAGCUAGAGGAGAUUUUGCCUCAGAAAAUUCAGAAAAAAUCCAAAAAAGAAAAAGAAGCCGAGACAGUAAAAUUAAAUCCAGAAGCCGACGAGAAAGACAUCAAAGGAAAGAUAAGAAGAAACCAGCUAAGAAAAGGGAAGAAGGGCUUAGUGCCAAACAAAAGAGUAGAAUUGUAUCAAAAGCCACUAUUUCCACCAGUGAAGAGGACAGUGAGAAUGAAAAUCUCAAUAACGCCAGUGAUGACAGCGACAGAGAGCAUACUAAAAAGAAAAGGAGGAUUUCGUCUGACACUAGCAGAUCUAGAAGCAGGUCAAAGUCUAGUAGUAGAUCAAGAUCCAGGAGUAGAUCAAGAUCCAGAAAUAGGACAAGAUCUAGAAGUCAAUCAGAAUCCAGAUCCAGAUCACGGUCCAGCUCGAAUUCUAGUAGCAGAUCUAGAUCAAGAUCAAGGUCCAGAUCAAAUUCUCCGCAAAACUCUCAAUCAAGAGCGAGAGGGAAAUCUGAACCAAGAUCCAGGUCUAGAAGUGCGUCCAAGAAAUCAAGAUCUAAGUCUAAAUCUAAAACUCGUUCUAGAUCUAGAAGCAUAUUAUCAGAAAUCAGAGCAAAGUCUAGAUCUAUCAGUAAAUCAAAAUCACAAAGUAGAUCAGGUUCUAAAUCUAGAUCUGAGAGCAGAUCUAGAAGCAAUUCUAGAUCUAGAAGUGAGAAAGGUUCCAUGCCCAAAUCUCCAAAAAGCGUUGGUUCCAAAUCUAGAUCGGCAAGUAGGUCCAGGAGUGAUUCUAGAUCAGGAAGUGAAAAAUGCUCUGGAGUUAAUUCUCCAGAUAUAUCAGGUUCAAAGUCUGGUGUGGAAUCUAUAUCAAGGCCUGAAUUGAAAAGUAGGUCUAAAUCUAGAUCUAAGAGUAGAUCUAGAAGUAAUUCCAGAUCAGGGAGUGAGAAUUCCAGAGCAAACUCCCCCGAAAAAAGUGGCUGAAUCAUUUUUUUAAACCUCAAGCUAUUAUCAAAGUUGGCGUUUAUAGCCGUUGUUGAUGUUGUUUUGUUAUAGCUGUUAUAUUUAUUAUAGUCUAUAUUUCCUGCAUGGCUUAUUGUGCUUGAUUUUUUUAUAUAAUUUUUAUUACUACUGUUAUUUGAUUUUAAAUGUUUUCCACCCAACUCGCGGGUUUGUUAUAUUUCUAAAUUAUUUAUCAAAGCUUUUAAUCCAUUUAGACAGAGGCACAACUUUUUUUCAUUAUUCAAUAUUUAUAUGAAUAUAAUUUGUUUUCGCCAUAAAUAGCUGUAUUGCUGUAUAAGCUGUAACCAUAAAUGUUUAUCCUAGCAGGAUUUCCUUCAGUCUACUGAUAUUACUAAUCGAAACACAUAAUAAUAUACAAUAGUUUAUUAUUUAGUCAUAGUGGAAAAUGUUACAGUUAUAACCAUAAUUAACUUAACCUAUUGUAACGUUCUCCAAUAAACUCUUUGAAAAAUCGAUGUGCAUUUUCAUUUCAAGAUAAGUAAAGAAAAUUCAACUUUUCUGAGAGCAUUCUGGCGUUGAUAUUUGUGUAGGCAUAUUAUUAGAUCAUGAGGAUGUUGAAAAAAUUACAUCUGAAUAUUGUUUACAUGAUUAACUAAUUGAGGUUAAAAUGGAAAAUAUGAAUAGGCAGUGAAACCAGUGAAACUAUUAUUCCGAUAAAGUAAUAAUGAAAUGUUUCUUUUAUUAUACAUCAUGCAAAUAUAAUAUAGACUGUUGCUAAAAACAAAUAAUCGGAUACUGGCUUUCGGAUAGUUACUAGAUAUUAAUGCACGUGACAAUUCCAAUUUAUCUAAAGUGUUUGAAAUCAGUUCCAAUCAAAUUUCCUAAAAUACUUUUUCUGCUUCCGAAACUUUUCACGCCGACAGAAAGUUUAAAUCGUCGACCCUCUGAACGGCUUGAACAUGAGGUGGACCUUUAUGACAUUUUCAAUCAUAUAAGUUCUAUCUACACUGGUCAUUACAGAUACCAUAUUCAGAAGGUAAGACUACAAUGAUUCUCGUGUAUCUUCAAUAUCGUCAUAAUAUUUCAUCAAUGAGGAACCAUAACAUGUUCUUUCUUAUCAACAAUGCUUACAGUGGUAAAAAAAUCAUCGAUUUCAGUUGAUUAGGAGUUCUAAAGUAGAUAUAUAGAUAUACAUACAUACAAGUUAUGCUGCCUUUGCAUUCUCAAAGUCCCCUCUUAUACAAUUAAGGGGUUUGUUGAUAUUUCGGCGAAACAUUUUCUAAAUAUUCAUUCAUUCAUAUUUUUUACUCAUUCAACUAUCGAUAGUCUCCACAUUUGGUCAGUUUCAGGCGUUCAUGUGAAAUAGUUUCAGACAUUCAUGUGAAAUACAUUGUUGUAUUCAAAUGAUCUCUGAUUUCAAGUUUUGUUUCAUUUGAUUGAUAUUCAAUACAACAACUGUAUCACAAAAACAAACCACUUUUGAACAAAUAUAGGGAAUUUAAUAAGAACGUAUAUAAACAUUUGGGUACGUAUUAGUUAGUAUUCCAGUCCUGGAUAUUUCAUCCCUAUUAUUUAUUAUGAAUAUGUCGACUUGCAUAUAAAAAAUGGAGAAUUUCGAGAAUUUGAAAUAGGUGAUUUGAAUUCAAUUCAAUAUCCUGCUCUCUCUAGUUCAAGUUACAGUAUGCCUGGUUUAUAAGGAAAAAUAUGUUGAUACUCAGGUAAGUAUUUAUCUCUCCACUUUUAUUUUUCAUUUCAUCAACAAUGAAAUAAUAAAUUCCUUUUUCAAAUUCGUAAACAAGUGGAAUGAAUAACUGAAUGUUAUUCAAGGAUAAGGAAUGCUAAAUGUUAAUUUAUUUUUCCCAAUUUUUGCAUUUGUAAAUAUCACGAAAUAAAUUCGCGGUAGCCAAGGUCAUCAUCUGACGUUGCGAUGACAUAAAAACUACGGGAAAACUUGUCUAACUUUCAAUCUAAGCCAUAGGUAUAUUACACACCGGGGUGGGAAGUGAUUCAUUCCUAUCGUGAGAUAAGUUAGUUAACCGAGACGCAAAGCGUCGAGGUUAGCUAUAAUUUCGAGACAGGAAUGAAACUUCCUACCGAGGUUUGUAUACUUUUAUAUUUACAACCAUCAUAUUUCGAUCAAAAUUAAUAAAUCUAUGUUUCGUUCUGAACAUACCUGAAUCAUUACAUGAGUGAGGGCGGGAAGUGAAAUUAUCUAUAUUUUUUCCAUAAUUCGAUGUGGCCUCUCAAACUGAAUUGAAAAAAUAUAUAAUUCAUAUAUUAUUAUAGAUUGAAAUUAAGAUUUCAUUCGAAAAAAGAAUGUUUCCUCUUAGCCACCCUGUAUUUUGUUGAUAUGAGGAAACAUCAUCCCAGAAAAGUUUUUUAAUGGCAAAAUAUGUUGGGAUAUAUGAGGAUAAAGGGGGAUGACACAAUUGAGUGGGACACCCUGUCGUAGUUUUGAGAUUUCAAUGAGUAAAAAACAGUAUCAAUAAAUAUUUGAGUGUCAAAGACCGUUCUGUUUGUUUUUGGCUAGUUCUGAGUAUUUAGAGAAAACAAUUUUCGUUUGCUAACCAACUUUACGUUACGUUCGUUAACCAACUUUACGUUACUUUUUUUCGAUAAUUUUAUAUUGCCUUUAUGGUGGCUCUGAAAUAAUACAGUAUUAAUAAAAUGGUUUGUUCAAUUUGAAUUGUCACUCGACCACACAAACUUUAUUUUUCAACCAUAAUUUUUUGAAAACAUGCUCACGUAUUCUUCUAUAUCAAUUGAUGAAAAUAUGUUUUAUUUAUUUAGAAGGAUAAUAAUCAAUAUCAUUAAUAUAAAUAUAUUCUUGCAGAGCCCUGUUCACAUAAUGUAAUUUGUGAGACGUUACAGUGAUGCCGGAUGUCGGGAUCGCACGUUUUACAUCGUAUUUGUUUCAAGAAACGAGUGGUCGUCAAGAAUACCACUUUGUACCACUUUUAGGGGUAUACGUCAAAAAGUUUACUUGUCGAGAAUACCGUCCCUGAUGAUAACCUUGUCAAAUUGCCGAAAUAUUUGCCAAUCAAAGAUAGUUUUCUUCAAAUUCUCGGAACAAGCACCAAAAACAGAAAUUUUGAUGAAUUUAUGUACUAGUUGUCUGGUUGAUUACAUCAUGACUACCGUAGAAAGAAGUGAAGGUUGUAUUUGUACUAUGACUCAGGGGGAAAGUGUCAUUACUGUUUAAUGUCCCGAAUGCGGAGAGUAUUUCAUUGUGGGUAUGCUCAGGGCUGUCAGUUAUCAUGUGCUCUGGUAGCUGACAUUCUGACCUAUAAAAAAUGAAUCAAUGUUAUUACCUGACACGUGAAAAUUAUUUUCAAACAUAUGGAUAAUGAAUUGCAUAUAAUUCUGAUCUUCAAUUAAUAUUUGGUACUUAAUAAUUAUUGGAAAUUGACAGUCAACUCCCAAUUUUUUUCAAAUUUCAGUUAAUCCUCAUAUGGAUUCAAAUGUUAUUACUAUUUCAAUAAAUAUAUGAGAUUUUGUAUAGAAGUUGCUGGUUCCUAAUUUUAUGUAUCAAACUGAUGAAAACAAUAGUUUAUAUACUAACAAAAAAUGGAACUUGAAGCAAGGCAAAAACUAACAUCAUAAAUUUAUACAAAAUAAUAGUUACCUGAUGAACAAAAAAUAGAACUCAAUCCAAAAAAUAACAACUAGAACCAAACUCAUUGAAGUAUUCUGAAGCGAUCAGCAUUCAAAAUUAUUACACUGAAAUCAAAAUAAGUAAUUUUAGAGAUCCC